GGUCCGCCCCCCGCGCUCGUCCCGGCGGCCGGCGGGACGCCAGCGCCCGCGCCCAGGACCUCCCCGGCCAGCGCGCGCCGCAGCCUGAGCCGGGCGGCGCAUCCAGGCCGCAGAGGAGGGCGGCGAGAUCCUGGAAGGGGACCAACUUGCGACGCGCCGUGGAGAAAGAGGAGCUGUCGCACGGCAGAAAGGGGUGGUGGCGCCCAGCUCCGCGACCCAGCCCGAAACUCGAAGGCCGAGCUUGGCAGGCGGAGGGCGGCGGCCCUCCGGCCCCCGGCAUGGCCCAGGGCUCGACGCUACCGCGGCGGGCACCACUGCGCUCCCCGGCCGUCUGGGUGGCCGCCACGCUCCUGCUCGCAGUGCCCCGGACCUCAGGUGAAGUAGAGGUUCCAGAUCCAAAUGACCCUUUGGGACAACUCGAUGGACAGGACAGCCCGGUUCCAACUCUGAAAGGUUACUUUCUGAACUUUCUGGAGCCCGUGAACAAUAUCACCAUUGUCCAAGGCCAGACCGCAAUUCUGCACUGCAGGGUGGCGGGAAACCCGCCCCCCAGCGUGCGCUGGCUGAAGAACGACGCCCCGGUCGUGCAGGAGCCGCGGCGGGUAAUCAUCCGGAAGACGGAAUACGGCUCUCGACUGAGAAUCCAAGACCUGGACACGACAGACACGGGCUACUACCAGUGCGUGGCCACCAACGGGGUGAAGACCAUCACUGCCACCGGAGUCCUGUUCGUGCGGCUCGGUCCAACGCACAGCCCAAACCAUAACUUCCAGGACGACUCCCACGAGGAUGGGUUCUGCCAGCCCUACCGGGGAAUCGCCUGUGCGCGCUUCAUCGGGAACCGCACCAUUUACGUGGACUCGCUUCAGAUGCAGGGGGAGAUCGAAAACCGGAUCACAGCGGCCUUCACCAUGAUCGGCACCUCCACGCACCUGUCGGACCAGUGCUCGCAGUUCGCCAUCCCGUCGUUCUGCCACUUCGUGUUCCCGCUGUGCGAUGCGCGCUCGCGGGCGCCCAAGCCGCGCGAGCUGUGCCGCGACGAGUGCGAGGUGCUGGAGAGCGACCUGUGCCGCCAGGAGUACACGAUCGCGCGCUCCAACCCGCUCAUCCUCAUGCGGCUGCAGCUGCCCAAGUGCGAGGCGCUGCCCAUGCCCGAGAGCCCCGACGCGGCCAACUGCAUGCGCAUCGGCAUCCCGGCCGAGAGGCUGGGCCGCUACCACCAGUGCUACAAUGGCUCGGGCACGGAUUACAGGGGCACGGCGAGCACCACCAAGUCGGGGCACCAGUGCCAGCCGUGGGCCCUGCAGCACCCCCACAGCCACCAGCUGUCCAGCGCAGACUUCCCCGAGCUCAGAGGGGGCCACGCCUACUGCCGGAACCCUGGAGGCCAGAUGGAGGGCCCCUGGUGCUUUACGCAGAAUAAAAACGUACGCGUGGAACUGUGUGACAUACCCUCGUGUAGUCCCCGAGACAGCAGCAAGAUGGGGAUUCUGUACAUCCUGGUUCCGAGCAUCACGAUUCCGCUGGUCAUCGCGUGCCUUUUCCUCCUGGUCUGCAUGUGCCGGAACAAGCAGAAGGCUUCCGCGGCCUCACCGCAGCGCCGGCAGCUCAUGGCCUCGCCCAGCCAGGACAUGGAAAUGCCUCUCAUCGGCCAGCACAAACAGGCCAAACUCAAAGAGAUCAGCCUGUCCACGGUGAGGUUCCUGGAGGAGCUGGGAGAGGACCGCUUUGGGAAAGUCUACAAAGGCCACCUGUUCGGGCCUGCCCCCGGGGAGCAGACCCAGGCUGUCGCCAUCAAAACGCUGAAAGACAAAGCAGAGGGGCCCCUCCGGGAGGAGUUCCGGCAUGAGGCCAUGCUGCGGGCACGGCUGCAGCACCCUAACAUUGUCUGCCUCCUGGGCGUGGUGACCAAGGACCAGCCCCUCAGCAUGGUCUUCGGCUACUGCCCGCACGGCGACCUCCACGAGUUCCUGGUCAUGCGCUCACCGCACUCGGACGUGGGCAGCACCGACGACGACCGCACGGUGAAGUCCGCCCUGGAGCCCCCCGACUUCGUGCACGUGGCCGCGCAGAUCGCGGCGGGGAUGGAGUACCUGUCCAGCCACCACGUGGUGCACAAGGACCUGGCCACCCGCAACGUGCUCGUGUGUGACAAGCUCAGCGUGAAGAUCUCAGACUUGGGCCUCUUCCGAGAGGUGUAUUCUGCCGAUUACUACAAGCUGCUGGGAAACUCGCUGCUGCCCAUCCGCUGGAUGUCCCCGGAGGCGAUCACCUACGGCAAGUUCUCCACCGACUCGGACAUCUGGUCCUACGGCGUGGUGCUGUGGGAGGUCUUCAGCUACGGCCUGCAGCCCUACUGCGGCUACUCCAACCAGGACGUGGUGGAGAUGGUCCGCAGCCGGCAGCUGCUGCCCUGCCCCGACGACUGCCCCGCCUGGGUGUACGCCCUCAUGGUCGAGUGCUGGAGCGAGUUCCCCAGCCGGCGGCCCCGCUUCAAGGACCUCCACGGCCGGCUCCGGGGGUGCGGCAGCCUCUCCAACUGCACCAGCUCGGCGCCGACCUCGGGCGCCAGCAACGCCACGCAGACCAGCUCGCUGAGCACCAGCCCGGUGAGCAACGUGAGCAACGCCCGCUAUCCCGGGCCCAAGCAGAAGGCCCAGCCCUUCCCGCAGCCCGCUUUCAUCCCCAUGAAGGGCCCGGUCAGGCCCCUGGUGCCCCCGCCGCAGCUCUACAUCCCGGUCAACGGCUACCAGCCAGUGCCGGCCUACGGGCCCUACCUGCCCGGCUUCUACCCGGUCCAGAUCCCCGUGCACAUGGCCCCGCAGCAGGCGCCUGCCCAGAUGGUCCCCAAGCCCAGCUCGCACCACAGCGGCAGCGGCUCCACCAGCACGGGCUACGUCACCACGGCGCCCUCCAACACGUCUGUGGCGGACAGGGCGGCCCUGCUCUCGGAGGGCACGGAGGACACGCAGAAUGUCCCAGAAGAUGCGGCCCAGAGCCCGGUGCAGGAGGCAGAGGAGGAGGAGGAGGGCUCCGUCCCAGAGACCGAGCUGCUGGGAGAUAAUGACACCCUGCAGGUGGACGAGGCACAAGGCCAGCUGGAAGCCUGAGGGGCGACAGGGCCUGGGGCUGGGGAGAGAAGCCCCCCGUGACCCCAGGGGACGUCAGCCGCCGUGAGAAGACCGAGGACCCAGCAGCGACCGGGGCCGCGGCGGGCGGCUGGUUUGCAGGCUGCGGUGUGAACCUGCCCCUCUCCCAGGAGCGCCGAGCAGCAGGGCAUCCUCGGGCGCUGGACGGCGGCCGCUGGCGCUGCCCGCGUUUAUCCCAGAGCUAGUCGGUAGCGAGCAGCAGAUGCUUUGCAGGAAAAUAGUUAGCAUCUUCACUCCAUGUUGUGUGUGGAUUGAGUAUUUGAAACUUCGCGAACACAGGCGUGCGGAAGGUGACAAACAGGCACCCCGGGUUUCUGCACCGCCCGCCAGCGGCCUCCGGUUUGAGGACGGCGGGCCCUGCCUCGGCCCCGCCCGCCGGACUCCCCUCGCCACGGCCAGACCAGCCGGAAAGGGCCCGCGCCUGCUCCCCAGGACAGACGAGCGGCUCUGGGUCGGGAGUUCCCCGUAUGACACCGAAAUGUGCCUUUAAACAACCCCCCACAGUUCUGUGCUUUUGUGAAGCGGUUUUGAGUGUACUGCAUUUGUAUUUUACCCACUUCUCUGGAAUUCAAGGGAAAGUGUUCCUUGGGUUUGGAAUGUUCAAAGGAAGCAAUAUUGUACAGAACACAGUACUGUUAUUUUUUUUAAGAGUCAUGUACAGACCUUAAAUGUAAUUUAUAUGUUUUUAAUAUGCCAUUUUCAUUGAAGCAUUUUGAUCCUAAGAUAAUGACUUAGUAAUUUAACUAUUCAUGUUAUCCACAUUGGGACGCCAUCUGAUUGGCCUUGGGUGUGCCUAUCUGCGUUCCACAUGUGAGCAAGGUCCCUUCCUUUCAGAGCCUCGCGCGGGCCCACAGGCUCGCUGUGUGUAUCCCGCGCCUGUGGUCGGUCCCGCUUGUAAACCCCACAGCUGGUGUGUCCAAUAAAGCAAAAGAGAAGGUG